UCACUGAUUAGCGGAGGAACUCUCAUGAAAUGAGGCGCACGGAGACAAGGGAGGAAAGUCACCAUCAGAAAGUGAUACUAGGGUGAAACAAUUUUGGUGGAAUCAUUGAACUAGGGUGUUAUUGGAGAAACCUUCUCACUGAUAGGCACAAUCACAUCUGAGAAAUCGAUACAUUUCUUGAUUUUUCGUGAUAUUAUGGCAUCAGUUUGGAAACCCGUUAAGGAGAGUUUUUGUCCCCGCAAGUCGAGGAGUAACUUGGAGGGGAGUGCGAGGUUAAUUGGAACUUGGCUCAGAGCUACAAAGGGAAGGAUACAGAGUGAAUGUAAUAAAUGGUUAGUUCCAGUUGGGGGAGGACAACGCAAGGAACAUGACGCAAAGAAUUCAGACAACUAUGACGCAGAGGAGAAUGGAGGUGGACUGAACUGGGCGACGGACGGUCCAAAGCUCAUAGGAGACAAAACGAACCAAAAACGCAGGCGCAUAGAAGGAGAAGGAAACGAGGACACGGACAAGCAUAUGGAAGUAGAGCAAGACCAGGAAAAAAUGGAAAGGAGAGUUACCUGAUUGCUCACUAGGGUGAGAGAGGGUUGAAAAUUCCCUGCUAUUUCUUAGUUUUUAUCUUACUUCGUUUCAAUUUUAUGCUCUUUGUUCCAUAUAUUGUUUCUUGUUUUGUGGUGUCGCUAAAGGAUAUGGAUAAUUUUGUGUUUGUGUGUGUAGUUGGUAGAUGGGUAGAAAGCAAGACGACUUUUGUAGUCGAUUCUAGCUUUGAAUCUCUUGCAUGGACACAUGGUCGACG